CGAGUGGACCGAAAAGAAGCGCGUGUUCUUGGUUUCCGGUCACAAACCCGGUUAACGCUGUUCUGACUCGGUGUUGUUCUGACUCGGUUCUCCGCUCACACCAUGUUUAUCAUUCACACAGCAGAAGCCCUCGAGACGUGCUGUAAAUCAAAACAUUAUAGAAAUUAAUUCUAGAAUAUAUUAUAGUUUAUUUAGUUUCACGAGUUGCAGGUUUGGACGCAGAAACAGCUGUGGGAACUGAAAACAUCUGGCUCUGGGUUGUGUUUUUUUCCGGGGUGAAUUUACUGAGAAAGUUGAAGGCAUGGUGAACAGCCAGGCGGUGGGCGGAGCCGGGUGCGCGUCACGUGCGUGCGCGGGCUGCGGAGGUCGGAUCUCCGACCGCUUCCUGCUCUUCUCCAUGGAGCGCUACUGGCACACGCGCUGCCUGAAGUGCUCGUGCUGCCAGGCUCAGCUGGGCGACAUCGGCACCACGUGCUACAGUAAAGGAGGCAUGAUCCUGUGCAGGAGCGACUACAUCAGGUUGUUCGGGCACACAGGCGCAUGCGGUGCUUGCGGCCAGUCGAUCCCUCCCAGUGAGAUGGUGAUGAGGGCGCAGGGCAACGUCUACCACCUCAAGUGUUUCUCCUGUGCGACCUGCAGAAACCGUCUGGUCCCCGGCGACCGUUUCCACUACGUCAACGGCACCAUCUUCUGCGAGCACGACCGGCCCAGUGCCACCCUGCUCAGUGCGCAUCUGCAGGGGAACCCUGUGCUGCCUGACCAAAAAGUGUGCUGAAAGCCCGUCCUCCUCGUCUCUUCCUCGCUUCAUCCCAUCCAUCCCGCCGUGUCUCGGGGAUCUUCUCCGGCUCUCCCGUGCAUGCCGUUCUCCCACGCUCUCAUCCUGAGAGGCCAUGAAGCACUUCCGUACUCCGCUCCGCUCCACGGCCCCUCCGCAGGAACCCGUCCUUCCUUCCUUUCCUUUCUGAACGGAGCUGCAGGAUUUUCCCCGUACGCAAGACUCUCUCCGGGCCCGGCUUGAUCUCUAACGGACUCUACGGGAUUUCAUAUAGACUCGGAAGACUUUAACCGUGGAACCUGAAGAUCCCGAAGUGUGGCUUUCUGCAGUGCUGCACUGCCCGUGCUCUUAUUUUGAUUUCUUGGUGUUUUGCUUUUUCUGACAUGUUUUUUUUUUUUUUUUUUUUGUCUGAUUUUUAUUUUUAAUUUUUUUUUACAUGGUUCAGGGUUGAGGUGUAAAUACUCCUCUCUUUUUUUUCCCCUUUCUUUGUAUUUUAUUUUAAAUAUAUAUAUAUAUAAAUAUAAAUAAAACAGUGCCACGUGUUACGGUUCAAUCAUAUGGUCAAUAUGUGACACUUAUUUAAAACACAAUAUACAAUAAAUGCUUUAAAAAAAAAA